UAGUUAGAUACACCAAAAUGGUGGAACCAACAUAAACACAGAUCACUAGUUAGUGGAAGUGAAGUGAACGAGAACAUGGUGAGGACACCGAGCUUCGACGAGAAUGGACUCAAGAAGGGCACGUGGACGCCUGAAGAAGAUCGGAAACUCAUCGCUUAUGUUACUCGAUAUGGUUGCUGGAACUGGCGCCAACUUCCAAGAUUUGCAGGUCUAGCGAGGUGUGGGAAGAGUUGCAGACUGAGGUGGAUGAAUUAUUUAAGGCCUAAUAUCAAGAGAGGAAAUUACACCAAGGAAGAAGAAGAUACCAUUCUUAGAUUACAUGAAACACUUGGGAAUAAAUGGUCUGCUAUUGCUGCUCAUCUUGCUGGAAGAACAGAUAAUGAGAUAAAGAACCACUGGGCACACCACCCUCAAGAAACGCAGUUUGAAAAUGAAAGAAAUCAGCUAUGAAUAUCUCAACCAGUAAUCAUAAUAAUGAUAACAAUGAACCAAAACAAGCCACCUCCUCAUCGGAUCUUACUGGUUUUGAUGAUCAAGACACAACAGCUUCAAUCUUGAUAUUCAUA